AUGGCUUCCAACGGUACCAAUGGCGUCCACGCCGACCCUGCUUCAUGGAAGCACUACAACGAGGGUUCUUUUCUCUUCACUUCCGAGUCCGUUGGUGAGGGUCACCCUGAUAAGAUCGCCGAUCAGGUUUCCGACGCCAUCCUAGAUGCCUGCCUUCGCGAGGACCCCCUCUCCAAGGUUGCUUGCGAGACUGCUACCAAGACUGGUAUGAUCAUGGUCUUCGGUGAGAUCACCACCCAGGCCAAGCUCGACUACCAGAAGGUUGUCCGUGACGCCAUCAAGGACAUCGGUUACGAUGACUCUGCCAAGGGUUUUGACUACAAGACCUGCAACUUGCUCGUUGCCAUCGAGCAGCAGUCCCCUGAUAUCGCCCAGGGUCUCCACUACGAGAAGGCUCUUGAGCAGCUCGGUGCUGGUGACCAGGGUAUCAUGUUCGGAUAUGCCACCGACGAGACCCCUGAGCUUUUCCCCCUUACUCUCCUCUUCGCCCACAAGCUCAACGCCGCAAUGUCAGCUGCUCGCCGCGACGGUUCCCUCCCCUGGUUGAGACCUGACACCAAGACUCAGGUCACCAUCGAGUACAAGCACGACAACGGUGCCGUUGUCCCUCAGCGCGUCCACACUGUCGUCGUCUCUGCUCAGCACUCUCCUGACAUCACCACCGAGGAGCUCCGAAAGGAGAUCAAGGAGAAGAUCAUCCAGAAGGUCAUCCCCGCCAAGUACCUCAGUGAUGAGACCAUCUACCAUAUACAGCCCUCUGGCCUCUUCAUCAUUGGUGGUCCCCAGGGUGAUGCCGGUCUGACCGGCCGAAAGAUCAUCGUCGACACCUACGGUGGUUGGGGUGCCCACGGUGGUGGUGCCUUCUCCGGCAAGGAUUUCUCCAAGGUCGACCGAUCUGCUGCCUACGUCGGUCGAUGGAUCGCCAAGUCCCUGGUCGCCGCUGGUCUCUGCCGACGUGCUCUUGUCCAGCUCUCUUACGCCAUUGGCGUCGCUGAGCCCCUUUCCAUCUACGUCGAUUCCUACGGCACCUCUGAGAAGACCUCCGAGGAGCUUGUCGAGAUCAUCCGCAAGAACUUCGACCUCCGACCCGGUGUCAUUGUCCGUGAGCUCAACCUGGACCAGCCCAUCUACCUCCAGACCGCCAAGAACGGUCACUUCGGUACCAACCAGAGCUUCAGCUGGGAGAAGCCCAAGGAGCUUAAGUUCUAA